CCGGGGCCGUGAGCGGCGGCGGGGCGGGGAUGCCCGCUCGGGCAGGAAAGUUUCUUCCCCGCGGCGGCUCGUCCGCUUCCCGCGCGGACUUCUCCCCGGCCCUCCCCGGAGCUGGAGUGGCCGUAGGGGGCAGUGUGCUGGUAGCCAGCCAUGAUCGCCACUGGAGGCCUCCUGAGGAUCUCGGCUAGGAAACAGGACCCCUUGCGACCCCAAAGCCAAGUCCCCAAACGCAAGCGCAAAGCCAAAAAGAAGCGCAAGAACGACGUGGUUGUGGUGAAAGGCAAGCUCAAGCUGUGCUCCCUCUCAGGGCUCAUUGCCCUCUGUGGCAUCCUGGUACUGCUGGUGGGCAUCGCCUUGGCUGUGGUGGGCUACUGGCCAAAGCCCAGCCAGGUGUACAGAGAAGGCAGUGUCAGUGCGGGCAGACACCUAGCACCGCAAGGUGUCACUCCCAAGAACCACUCCCAGAGCCAGGAAGGGGCGCAAGCAGGGAUCCAUCCAGAGUCACCCCCCAGAGCCAAUACCUCCACCACCACUACUACUACCAGUGGGUCUUUGCAGUUCCCCCCGACUUCCUCGUCCCCCCAGGCCUCAGUGGGUUUCCUUUUCCGUCUUUUCUCAAGCUACUUGCAUUCAGACAAGCUGAAGGUGCUGGGCCCUCUCAUCAUGGGCAUUGGCAUCUUCCUCUUCAUCUGCGCCAAUGCAGUGUUGCACGAGAACCGCGACAAGAAGACCAAGAUCAUCAACCUGCGUGACCUCUAUUCCACCGUCAUCGAUGCCCACAGCCUGCGGGCCAAGGAUGGAGGCACCCCGCCCUCGACCCCUCUCAACGGCUUUGUCAACUACGUGCAGUCCCGGGGCCUGGAGCUAAAGCCUGGUGGUGAAGGCCUGGGUGCUGCAGCCAUGCUGGCCAAGAGUUCCUGGCCACCGGGACUGGGUGUCUCCCUUUCCCCGCCAGAUCUGGCAUCCUCAUCACGACGUUCCUCCUUCUGCCCCCCACCACAGCCACCCAGCCUGGCUGAGGCCGUGUACAGCAUCUGCCGGGAGCGUGCUGCCCUUGCUGGCCACACUGUCACCAGCCCUCCCUGCAGCCCACCAGAGAGCUGUGACCAGUGCAGCACAGCCAGCUCCAUCAUUGGCUCCUCACUGAGCGCUUUUGCCCUCCUGCCCUUGGGGUCAGGCAGCAGAGUGGGAGACUGGCGGAGACCACCUGGUGAGCAGGGAGCCCAGGAGAUCCCUCGAGGAGAGUUUGAACUGAGCCUAACCAACCUCAGCAGCAGCCACAUUGAGGGAGGCUGUGGGACAAGGAGGCACAAGCUGGUUCUUAGGCGGCAGAGCAUCAGCUGCUUGCCUGAUGCCAGGCGUCCCCUUUUCCCUGAGCCACCUCGGUCACCAGCUGACAGUGGGGUCCUGGACUCCAGCCUCUUGGUAAAGGCAUCUUCUAGCUACUCCAAAUCUCUGGAUCUGGGGGGAUCACCCCCCUCAGCCCCUUCUGCCACCACCAGGACGGACUCCCAGAGCUCCCAGUCUGAGCCUUCCAGCAGCAAUAAGGGCUACAGCCACCUGGAGGAGGCAGGCACCUCCUUGGAGUCAGUUGCCAACACCACAGCCAGUAAAAUUCAGGAUUAUGAGGAGGAACCGGUUGAGAAGACGGACCCCCUCAAGGCUACCAGCAGAGAGCAAACAGGAGAGCAAUCUCAGCAAACUCAAAGACAGUACACAAAUAAGGAGAAACUCUUUAUGAUUUCUAGGUCACAUGCUGCAUUAGGGCUGGAGGAUGGGGAGCUGGAGAGUACUGGCAUCUAAAUAAAACAGAGAAGGCACGAGGACACCUUGCAUUCCUCCACACCUUUCCCCCUUCUUCAUCUCCUUGUGGACUUAGGAAACCAAUCAAUAUCCAAAGAGCUGCACUAUGUUACCCUUGAAAAUUGAAUUCCCUAAAUCCUGUAGAUGAUUUCAGGAAGAAAAAAGAAAAUCCUUUCUGUCUAAUCGUGAUUGUAUGUUUCAUGCAAGCCAAAUUGUAUUAAAUAUCCACAGUCCAGGAAGUUCUGUGGAUCAGAUUAAUACAAUUUCAGGCAGUAUAGCUGUGCACUUUACUGUUUUGAUUUCCAAGUGCCCCUUCUUCUCCUCUGAUUUCUUUCUUGCUGAUUUGCCACUAGCUGCUUGAACACUGCAGGCAUCUUUUUAAGCUCAAAAGCAAUGCGGUCUUCAAAAAGCAAGCUGAGCUCUAUCUUUGUUUUGGUUCAAUCACUAAAAAGUUUGCAAGGCCUUAAGGAUGAUGUACCUUGACAAAGAAUGAGUUUGUUUAAGUUCUGGAAGAAAAUAACAGUUUAGAAGAGACUGGAGCAGAACAGAGCUCUGGUGAUUUAGUUAAAACCAUUACGUUCUUGAAUCCAAAAUGCAUACUACUACAUGAUACUUUAUUAAAGUAUUAUUACACAUGUAUUGACUAAUAGCAUUAAAAGAUUUUUUUUUAAUAAAACAUUUACAAACAAAA